AUGGCCGAUCUCACCUCCAAGUGCUCUGACCCGAUGACUCGGGAAGUGCUCGCUCCGAUUAGUGAGAGUGAACUCGGCAGUUGUUUCCUCCUUUUGCACGGCACAGCAGCAACUGCAGCUUCGUGA